AUGCAAGAUAUGCCCGCACCAGGCGCCACGCGUCCUUCUCAUGAAAAGCGGACGCAGUCCGCGCAGGCUGGUGAUUCUCGGUCGGACAAGCUGCCUGCAGCCCUGGAGGAACGGUACAGGGUGCUACGGAAGCUGGGUAGUGGGGUGUACGGUGACGUGUACGUAUGUGCGUUCGUCGGAGACUACCCCGGAAGAAACAGCGAUGUGAAUAAUGCAGCUGCAAGCAGCAGAGAGAAUGGAUCCCUGCUCGCCCGCAGUUAUGUAGAGACUGUGAGCGGAGGAGGAGUGAAGGCAACUGAAGAGCUGAAGCAGAGCAAGACAGCUGCCCCGCUCUUUGCAAUAAAGCGUGUGCGGCUUCCAACAUCGAAGCUGAAAUCCUUGUUCGGCAUGGAGCAGCAAGUGCUGCGAGAACUCACGGUUCUUCGUGGCCUGAAUCAUGUGAACGUCCUCAAGCUUGAGGCCUUCUACUUUGAACUGGAACCGUGGGAUCGCAGCGGGCCUUUUCGCGCGGCUCUCAAGCGCAUCACUUCUGACGUCCGCCGAGAGAAAGGCCAGAACGUGCCUGGCGUGUGUGACAAGGAAGCCAGGCGACGAGACACUGUUUCGGAGAAAAACGGUGCGGACAGAGGCCCCGGGGCUGACGGUUUUCAUGCGCAAGGCAGUGAGAGCGGGAUUACCUCUGCGCAGUUGCGUUCUUUCCGAGAGGCAGUGGCUAAGGCCGAACGCGAGUCGCAUUCAGAGAGCGCGUUCAGGAGAUUUCAGGAGGAGGCUGUGGCAGCCCACGAGGCAGCGAUGAAGAGGAAGCUGCGGCCCGAGCAACUUUAUCGCCCAACAGUCUACAUGAUUUUCGAGCUCUGCGACUGUGACCUAGCGAAAUUCGCAGACAUGCGGUACAAAGCCUUCCUCGACUUCUGGCGCAGCGCUGGGCAGCGGUCCCAGGCGCAGACUGAGGGCGCGCAAGGCGGCGAGCAGUUCUGCUUGGGCAGUACCUCAAGCGAGGACGCGCCUCCCCUGCCCGGCGUAACGGAGCCUGAGGCUCAGCUGAUUGCGUAUCAGCUCUUCCAAGGGCUCGCGUAUUGUCACUCACGCGGCGUCCUUCAUCGAGAUGUCAAGUCGCAGAACGUCAUGAUGUUGCGAGACGUGGGCUCUGACGGGACAGAGCACUGGGUGGCAAAACUAGGAGACUUCGGCCUGGCGUGCUGCACGCACUCAGCCGACUCGAGCAGAACCGAGGAAGUCGUGACGCUGCUGUAUCGAGCCCCAGAGCUUCUGCUUGGGCGCACUGACUACGAUGCAGCUGUCGACGUUUGGUCUAUGGCUAUUGUCAUCAUCGAAAUAAUGGUUGGUCGUCCUCCAUUCAAGGCUAGAAAUGACAUCGACAUGCUGGCUCGGAUCGUGAAGUGCGUUGGCUGCUCGGCAGCCAAAGAGUUGCUCCAAAUUGCUCCAAAUCGCGCUGCUCUGGAGUCUGUUCUUCCUCACAUCACGAAAGCUACCGAGCAGCCCAAGCUUAAACAGCUGCUUACUGACCAGUUUGGUCGGCAGCUGUUAAGCGACGAGGGUCUCGACUUUCUUACCAGGCUCAUGGAGGUCAACCCAGCAAAGCGGUUGACCGCGGCGGCGGCGCUGCAGCACCCGUGGCUGCGGCCUGUCCUCGACCGGUUCCCGAACAAAGACGCAUAUAUACAGCCUCAGGCGAGGGUGCAGCUACCGCCUUCCUUUCUGGCAGUCGACCCCCUAGCUUACAGCUGCUACGCUUUGCAGCAGCAAUCGAGCUCGAGGGCGGAUAUUGCUAUGGAAGGGCAGCCGCUUUCCAGAGCUUCGUCCUCAAGUCUGUCUUGUUCCGGCAAGUCGCCAUAUCAGGCCGACUUGAAGGUCAGCGACCUGUGUUCAAACGCAUGCUCUACGCUCUCAGUAAAUGAGACAGAGAACAGGCGGCGCGGAAGCUCAGUUCCUCUGCUGAUGCCCUGGGACGAAGCUCCCCCUCCGAGAAGCCAAUUCGACGUGCAUCGAGGUUCACACGUGCUGGCGGCAAUUACUCCUCGACUUGUCACAUCGAUAUAUCGGCGAUGCGGUCUUGGCACCUCGCAUGCGACUCGGUGCCAGGGGGGGGUUAUUUAA